AUGUCGAUGAUGAGCAGAAACCGAAGCAGCAGCGCCAUGGGAACACCUUCCUUCCUAGAGAUGAAGAAGCAAGCUUCCUUUUUCUUCAAAGAGAAGCUCAAAACGGCGCGUUUAGCUCUCACCGACGUCACUCCUCUUCAACUAAUGACUGAGGAAGCUACGGAUGGAGAGUCAUGGGGACCAAAUACACAAACCUUAGGAUCCAUUUCAAAGGCUGCUUUUGAGUUUGAAGAUUACUUGCAGAUUGUUGACGUCUUGCACAAAAGAUUAGCAAGGUUCGAUAAGAGAAACUGGAGAAUUGCUUAUAACUCACUCAUAGUUGUUGAACAUUUGCUCACUCACGGACCAGAGAGCGUCUCUGAUGAGUUUCAAGGCGAUAUUGAUGUUAUCUCGCAGAUGCAAACUUUCCAACAUAUCGAUGAAAAAGGGUUCAAUUGGGGAUUAUCUGUUAGAAAGAAAUCAGAUAAGGUUCUAAAGCUACUUGAGAAAGGAGAGUUGCUCAAGGAAGAGAGAAAGCGAGCUCGUGAGCUAUCUCGAGGGAUUCAAGGUUUCGGUAGCUUCAACCACAAGUCAUCAUCUCAUUGCACGUCAGAGAAUGAAGUCCUGCAAGAAUCUCAAGUAUAUAGGAAAUGCAACUCCAAUUUUACAAAGUACAAUGAGGACGAACAAGAGAUCAACCCAAUGGUUUCUCCUACUGAAGCCAUUCCUCAGCCCGGGACGAGUAUGAAAGAAAAUAUGGUUCCUGAAGGUGAUGAGAAGACAGAGAUAAACCCACUUUUGGGUUCUAACAACAAGAAGGAGGGUCAAGAUCUUGCAGAGGAAGAUGAGAAUCAUCCAUUUACGGAUGAUGAUAGUAAGCAUACAAAUGUCUCAUUGCUUGAUGAGAACACUAAUUGA